CGUAACUCUAUGUCAGGCACAAGGCUUUGCUUCUCUGAGAACUCUGCUGAAUAAAGCACAUGUUGUGCCCAUGGAGCAGAAUCGCCAUCUCCGCUCCGGUCGGGACACAAGCAUGGACUCAGCUGAGCAUCAACCGGGCUUAAAGAUGGAGGGGAUUAACAUGGAGAUAGAAGACACUGACUCAUGCACUGGACUCUCAGAUCAGACAAACCAACAUCUGUUAAUCAGUGAUGAGCCGUCCAGCAGCUGUACUGAAGUCAGAGGCAGGUUCAGGCCCAGGCUCCUGGCUACAAAAAGUUUCCCCCCUUACAGCCAGUGUAUAGGUGGACUGGGAGAAGACGAGGACUGGGACAAUGAUCUUGAUUCAGAAUCUCUCAUAUCUCAUCAGUCAAAUGCGAAGGAGGAGACACCUGUAGAAGUUCAUGAAUGGGUCAACACUGCAAAGUAUUCUCGGGAAGUUCUCAGAGCCAGAUGGAGGUCCAGGAGGAAAGAUAAGUUAGGAGGGAGCUUUGACGUUGGCACAGACGGCUGCGAGAGAGGAAGGUGGAGUGGGAAGAGGAGGGUGGAGGACAGUGGAACACCGGGGAAACAGGACAACAAGGAGAGAGAUGAGGGGAAACACUGGAGAGGCAGAAGCUCCUGUUUGAAGAGAAGCGAGAACAAUGAGAAGGAAGACAGGAAAACUUCUCCCACCACAGCAUCUCAGGAGGAGAACAGCUGCAGUGUUGAGACCAUCGAGAGGCAGAACGAGGAGGCUGACGAUGUAACUGACCCAUCAGGUCAUCGGCACCCAAUCCUCUCCAAGUUGUUGCACUCCUCCACCUCCUCCUCCUGCUCCUCCCUCAACCUCUCCUCAGAGAGCGACGAGGUGUUCAGUGAUGUAGAGGAUGCAGUGUCUAAAAGAAAAACUUUCAGGAAGUGUCGCACCUGGAAGACUUUCCUGACCAUGAUGCAUUGGUCACUUCGGCGGCAGAGCUCCUGGGUCCAGCUGGCUGGACAUCAAGGUAAUUUUCAGGUUAGUAAAGGAGGGGAGGUGCUGAAACUGUACAGUGAAGUGGAGGCAAAGUGUCUAGACUGCCUGAUGAGAGACCAGCUGAGACCCUUCGUCCCCCAGUACCAUGGUUUGGUCACCAGAGGGGAGCACUGCUACAUCCGCCUGGAGGACUUACUCAACGGCCUGAGGAGGCCUGUUAUCAUGGACUGCAAGAUGGGAGUCAGGACAUUCCAGGAGGAGGAACUAAUCAAAGCCCGGACCAAGCCCAAUCCAAGGAGCGACAUGUACCAAAAGAUGGUGAAAGCAGACCCAUCAGCACCAACAGCCGAGGAACAUGCACAUAAACGAGUGAAUAAAUGGCGCUACCUACAGUGGAGGGACACAACCAGCUCCACAUCCACACUGGGCUUCAGGAUUGAGGGCAUCAUGAUGGAGGAUGGCAGUGUCCAGCGUGAUUUUAGAAAAAUCCACACUUUGACUCAGGUCACAGAAGCAUUACUCUACUUUACCAGGAGGCAACUGGACACUUUGAACGCGUACCACUCCAGACUGUUGGACCUGAAGGAUGCACUCAGGGGUUCAGAGUUCUUUCGAACCCAUGAGGUCAUUGGCAGCUCGCUUCUCUUUGUCCACGACCACAACAAGGCCAGCGUUUGGAUGAUAGACUUUGGGAAGACAACGCCUCUUCCUGAUUCGAGGGAGCUCCAGCAUGUAGUCCCUUGGGUGGAGGGGAACAGGGAGGACGGCUACCUGAUCGGUCUGACCUCCAUCCUCACGGCUCUGAGCCAGGCCAUCAGUGUGGCCGAGGGGCAGCAGGAGGGCAGCUGAAGGGAGGAAAAGAGUUCUCUGAGUGUCUAUGACACAAACAACUGGAUUCCAGAAUGAAGCAGGAACAAUGGCUGCUCCAGUGAAGCUGAAAUUCAAAGACAUAUGUGUGGAAGCUAGUCUUGCUUAUUGUACAUCUGGUAUGUACCCGCGCCAACAGCUGGAAGAGUUUUUGUCAAGAGUAACAAAGAUUUACUGAUUUUUGUUUUGUUUUGUAAUAAAUGUUAUAUUUAAAAAUGAAAAAUGUAGUUUCUUUAAGCACUAAAUCACGCACAAAGCCUCAUGUUCUGCCUGUUUUAAGUCAUUAUGUGUUUGUAUGUUAAACUUUGCUUAUAGAUAAGAUUAACUGAUAAAAUGCAUGUGUUGCUUUUCCAUGAUUUGUAAAACUUGUUUCCAAUGUAA